CCUAAAACUAUAAAUCCUUGCGAGAGGACCAGUCUGCGCAUAACAUUGACAGGCCGCGAUGAAACAAGUCGUUGUCUCCCCUACCAAACCUUUGGUAUCUACUGAGAUUGUCGAUGUAGAAAUCCCAUCACCAGGGGAUGACCAAAUCCUUAUUCAAGUCAUAAUCGCGAGCAGUAAUCCUAAGGACUUCAAACAUCUUUAUGUGCGGGGAAUUUCAGUCAACAGCGGCGACGAUGUCGCGGGCUACGUGCAUGCUAUGGGGAACCAUGUAGCAUUGACAAACGAAUUUAAAAUCGGUGACCGUGUUGCUGCAUUCCACCCCAUGCUGACUCCAGGAGGGGCAUAUGCUGAGUACGCGUUGGUACCGGCAGCCACGACAUUCCUUAUACCGAAAGGCGUCAGCUUUGAGAGUGCAGCCACCAUUCCAUUGACAUCAAUGGCAGCCGCUUUGCCGUUGUUUCGCCGCCAGGAACUGCCUGCACCUUGGAUGAAGCGAAGUUCUAACGAACCACCAUUACCAUUGAUCAUCUACGGUGCCUCAUCUGCACUAGGGACGUUUGCUGUGAAGCUGGCCCGACAUGCAAACAUACACCCGAUAAUUGCAAUUGCUGGAAGCUCUGCUAGCUAUGUGACGAAAUUUCUAGACGAAUCCAAAGGGGAUACUGUUAUUGACUAUCGACAAGGUCCCGAUAAGUUGAAGGCGGCUAUCAAAGCAGCCCUAAAGGGACUAAAUGUGUAUCACGCGCUAGAUUGUUUCAGUGAAAAUAAGUCAUGGGUCCCUCUAUCACAGGUUAUGUCUCCAGGAGGAACCGUGUCCGUUUUUCAGGGAAUAGAGAAGUAUGACGAACUGGACAUUCCUUCCAACGUGCGUAUCAGCUUUAGUUUGGUUGGCACCGCUCACACAGGAGCAUUUCUACCGAAUUCGCCAAGACAGCCUGCAGACCCAGAAACGGUACGUGGGGACACUGAAUUUGCGUACGUGUUUUACAGGUAUGUCUCCAGAAUGCUAUCAACUGGAGAGUUUGAGGGACAUCCUUACGAGAUUAUCCCUGGGGGAUUAAAUGGUGUAAGGACUGGAUUGCAAAAGUUGCAAAGAGGAGAAGCAAAAGGAGUCAAAUAUGUGUACCAAGUAGGAGAGUAG